CUAUCAGUCAUCAGAAAAAUGUCUUACAUCAGUUUUAUCUAUUUAGGAAGUUAAUUUGAUAAUUUCUUCGGAAGGGUUCGUGCGAUUGAGUUAGGAAAUGGCUAGUGGAGAUACCUCUAUUUACCCAAGUGAGGAGUUGGCUAUGUUGGCACCCAAAAUUAAGUACGACUGGUACCAGACUGAAACACACGUAGUAGUUACAAUCCUGGCAAAAAAUUCCGAAGACGUAAAAGUAGAAUAUGGAGAGACAUCGCUCAGUGUGACUGCUAAACUUCCCUCCAAGAAUGAGUAUAGUUUGGAGCUGGACUUAGCACAUCAUAUUGUUACGGAGCAAUGCUCAUUCAAAGUUGUUCCUUCAAAAAUAGAAAUCAAGCUCAAAAAAAGAGAUGGUUUGCGAUGGAUCGUUCUAGAAGGAAACCCUGCAAUUCAUGAUUCUGUUCAACUGAUACCACAGGAAUUUUUACAGAGCAACGACCAGCCACCUAAAUAUCCGAGUUCUAGUAAAAAAUCCAAGGAUUGGGACAAAGUAGAGAAAGAGAUAGCGAAACAAGAAGAAGAAGAAAAGCCAGAGGGAGAGGCUGCUUUAAAUUCUCUUUUCCAGAAAAUUUAUGGAGAUGGAUCAGAUGAAGUCAGGCGUGCCAUGAAUAAAUCUUUUCAAGAAUCUGGUGGAACUGUCUUGAGUACAAAUUGGGACGAAGUGGCCAAAGGACAAGUAGAAAGAAAGCCGCCUGAUGGUAUUGAAUGGAAAAAGUGGGAUUAAAAACAGCGAGAAGAGUAAAACGGAUUUGUAAAAGUAGAAAAAACAAGAAAAGUCUGGCAUCAGAAUAUCAAAAAAAAAAUGUUGAGACAUUCAAAUAUUGAAAUGUCAGCAUUGAAUCUGAACGCACAAUACUCGAUAAGAUAUAUUACAAAAUGGAACCUAUGGAAAUUUCUGCAAAGGAUAUACACACACCAAAUUUGGACAUGAUUUUCGAGUUAGGUGUAGAUGCAAAAUUUCAUCUACUCUUGGACACGAACCAUGAAUAUCUGGCUUCCUGAUUCUCAUCAAAGUGUUCAACAGCUAUUCAGAACUGCUCAACGAUGUUGGAUUAUGUUACUGAUUACUAUUUUUGUUCUUGAUACUAAUUGUUAAAACGCUUGUCACUCCAAUUCAUAACCGUAUGAUUUACUAAACCGCGGUUAGCUGUUUGAUUCUUUUGAGUAAUUGGAUUAAUAUUUGUGAUGCAUUGAAAUAUAAGUUGGCAUGAAUUAUCGUUUUCACAUUUCCACAUCAAUUAAGUGCAGAAUUUGCAUAACAGUUUAGCAUUGCCAAUAUUCUGUACGUUUACUUCGAUUGCCUUAAGUUUGUAUAUUUCAGUGUAAUGAUAAUAAUAAUAACAUUGAUGAUGAUCUAAA